UCAGCCCAGGUGCCAAUGUGCGGAGGAACCCAGCGCACGAGGCGCCGUUCCCCAGAGGGACGCUUGAGGGAGCGUCCCAGGUUGGUGCAACACCCAAAUGCGUCCCCCCUCUCUAAGAAGCGGCCCUCCUGGAGGGAGAAAUCAUGAGCCGAUACUGGAAAAUGCCAAAUCUUUUGCUUCAGCACCAGAGGAUCCACACUGCUGUACAGUUUCUGAAAAGCAAAACGGGAGCAGAGCAUCAUUGGCUGGAGCGGCAUUUCAGUGACCCUUAUGUGAAGAAGGCCAAGAAGGAGCACUAUCGUUGCCGGAGUGUCUACAAACUGCUUGAAGUAGAUGACAAAUACCGCAUCCUUUGCCCUGGGCUGCGUGUGAUAGACUGUGGCACGGCCCCUGGUGCUUGGGCUCAGGUUGCAGUCCAGAGAGUCAAUGCUACGGGUUCUGAUCCAGAUGCCCCAACAGGCUUUGUUCUUGGAGUUGACCUCCUCCAUGUUUUUCCUCUGGAAGGAGCAGUCCUCUUACCUCGCGCUGACAUCACAGAUCCAAUGACCCAAAAGAAAAUCCAGGAAGUGCUCCCUAAAGGGAUGGUGGAUGUUAUCCUGAGCGACAUGGCACCCAAUGCUACUGGUAUCCGGCAACUAGAUCAUCAUAAGUUGAUCCAUCUCUGCCUGUCUCUUUUGGAUCUGGCUCAGCACAUUUUGGAGCCUGGAGGAACCAUGCUCUGCAAGUACUGGGAUGGAGGGGAGAGCCAUCUCCUGCAAAAGAGACUGAUGCAAGACUUCCAGGAGGUGAAGACCUUAAAACUCCAAGCCAGUAGGAAGGAAUCUGCCGAGAGAUAUUACCUGGCGAAAUCAUACAAACGAGCAGCCCACAGGGAAUCAAAAACAUGAGCCACUGUGUGCGAGCUUUGUGUGGUACAUUUGAUGAAAGCUGCAGAGUUGGUUUUAGUUGGCAGAGAGCUGUAAGUCCAGAGUUUUUGUGAAACAAUGAGCAUCUUUGGAGGGAUGUGGACCUCAUUUGCCAGCUAUUGCAACAGAUCUUCUUCCCUUUGAAAUAACCAAGAAAUAUGAUUGAAGGGUGGUAUAAAAAUGUUUAUAACAACUAAAUAAAAUCUAGAGGUCAUUAAGAGCCCAGUUCAGCUUAACAACACACAAAAUAGCACCAUGUGUUGGAUAGAUAUUAGCCAGCUAGGAACCCCAGGGUUUCAGGCAAGAGUUCUUUCCAGGAGACACCUGAGACCUUCUGCAUUCAAAGCAACUGUUCUGCCUCUGGAUUGUGCCCCUUCCCCACUUACUCAUUUAAAACUAGAACAUGGAGACAUAUCAGUUGACAGAUGUUUCCUCUGAAAUAACUUUUUUCCCCUUAAGUGCCAUUUGUACGAAGUGUAACGCUUAUCGAUGCAAUGAUGCUGCACUGUGCAGUUAUGCAACUUUUAACAAUACAUAUUUUUUGGGGGGAAAACAUCCAUGCCAAGAUAGAACUUGUGUCAUGUCCAGACCAUCAGCUGCUUAUUCUCAUCCUGCUUCCCUUUCUUUCAGAUGGGGAUGUUCAGAGGACACACUGAGGAACUUAUUUGGGGAGGAGCACUAGAGGUUUAGCAAACCCAUGUUGAAAUGUGGUGGUUCACAGAUCUUUUCAGAGGAAAAGGAAUUGUAAUCCUGCCUCCCCACAAGCCUGACUGAGGCUGCCCUGCAAACAGGCUGGGGCAGAGAGGGCCCUAGUUUGCAGCCUCUACCCCAAGAGUGGGAAACUUUUUCAGGCCUGUGACCAACGCUCCCUCUUUCCACACAACUGUCUUUCAUCUUCUGGUUUGGAGGAGAGGGAAGAAGGCUGCCAUCAAGGUUGGAGUGGGCCCAAUGGUUGCUAGUUGCUACAGAUGACGGGAAAGCAACAAUACUCUGCUGGCAAUGCAUGGGGUUGCCACUAAUCAAUUUUGGUUGCUUGAUAUGGGGAGUGAGAAGAAAGUGAGCUGCCAAAACCCCAUGUCUUCCUGUCCUGAUAGGAGCGCAGGAAAACAACAAUUUUGCUCCUCUGGUACUAAGUCAUGGAGGGACUUCUUCCUGUCAUGAAGCUCCAGUUAAAAGGACCAGGUAGAAGGUGAGAGGAUAGACCAGCAACAUCUCUCCCUCUGUUGAACGAUCAGAAUGUCUUGCCUGUGAUAACCUAUAUUAAAAUUUAUGGAUUUCUUC